AUGCCUCUUUUUGGGACUGUCGUUGGGAUUAAGCGGAAUGGGAUAGAUGGAGUGAGUUUUCCACUCACUGCAAGUUCUUGUCUGUUUGGAAGGAGAACAGAGUGUGACAUCCGCAUCCACCUGCCUCACGUCUCGAAAGAACACUGUAAAAUUGAAGUGAACGAGAACAAGGAGGCAGUGCUGACUAACCUGAGCAUGGUGAAUCCCACCCGGCUGAACGGUGCUCUCUUCCAGCACGCCGUGCCCCUGAGGCACGGGGACGUCUUCACCAUCAUUGACCGCUCCUUCAGGUUUGAAUAUCCUCCCCAGUCAGCUCUGAGGAAGAGGCGUUCGAGGUCUCCGAAAGAUGAAACACUGCAGGUUCUUCAUGUUCACAGGUGGCAGAAGUGGAAUUAUUACCCAAAGAACCUUCAGGAUCUAAAAGUCUUGAUGCUUCAGAUAAUGCAAAAUGAAAAAUCUCCUUUUAGUGAACUCUAUGAACAACUGAGACUUGAGUUUAAAGUGAAAAAAACCUUGCAAGAAGGAAAUGCAUCUCAACAAGCUACAAAGGAAGAUGGUGAGAGUGUUCUGCCAGACCCAAGUGCUGGGAUUUCAUCCAGUUGUGCUCGUGAUCUGGGAAGCUCAAAUAAAGAACAAGAAAUAGACAGGAAUGAAAAUAGUGAAGAAUGUAAGAAGAAAUUAAAGGAAGAUGUGGUCAGUGUGGACUUGAACCCCAUCUCGGCCCUAGGAAGUGCUACCAAGAAGAGUUUUACCACAAGUCCUCAAACUUUGCUUUCAAAGGAGAUGUCAAGAGAGGAUGAUAAAAGAAGCAACUUGCAGGCUGGUGUGGAGCAAGGUGCAGCAGACAGAUCUCAGGGUGCUGCAGUGACAGCCAGAGCCAGCAAGGAGGCUGGUGCAGAUGCAGUGCUCCCCCUGGAGCAGUGCUCCAUCGAACGCUUGGAUGUGGCUGGUACAGUGAAAAUGCAGAGCCCUGCAACAGCAGUGGCUAAACCACCACAAACAAGUAGCCAGACCAAGGUCUCUGAAGCAGGUGGCCUCUCUACACCAGCAUCCAGAAGGAGGAGUCCUCGCUCUCAUUCCAUGCUGCCCACUGAAGGAGCUGCUGGGAUGACUCCUCUAGGCACUCUUACUCCAACUCGCCGCCCGGGUGUGUCCCUGAAGCGUAAGUCUCUGUCAGGAGUGUUAGCUGGGACUGGCAGGGAAGGUUCAGGGAGUGGAGACAGUGACCUCCAGCAACUGCCUCUGGCAGAAGAUAAAGCCUCAAAACAAAGACAAAGCAGCAAACAGCACACACCAGGGAAACCUGUGCAAGAAGCAGUGCUGGAAGAAAUCUGUCAUCAGGCAAACUUUAACUCAAACAUGGGCUGUUUGCAAACUCUUGCCUCUUCUGAUUCCAAGAGUCCCAGAAGAAGUAACAAGCAAAGUAAAGAAUUAUUAAACAAAAGUGUCUGUUCAGAGGUGCUGGCUUCAGAGGAGUUACCAUCAGAAGUGGCAUCUCCUGCUGGUCAGAAAUCUGGCUCUGGGAAAAAAAGGGGUAGGCCAAGGACCUCUGGACUGCUGACUGAAAAAGCUUCAGAGGCAGAUGCUGUUCAAGACCAUCAUGAGAAGACUGCAGAGGGAAAAGAGAGUGGGACUGAGGGAGAGCUGCCCACGCAGGACUGUCAGCAGAAACAGGACCUGGGAGAUGCCAGUGUGCUGAGACCUUGCAGGCUGUCCCCCCAAAGAAGGUCUUCUGGACAUGCUGCUGCACUGAAAGACAGUGAGGCUCCUGCCUCAGAAAUAAAUCCAUCUGAGCUGUUGGCUGGAGAAGGAUCAGGCAAGGCCAAAAUGAUUUCCCCGAAGAAGAGGAGUGGUGAUUUCUUACCUCAGCUUCUUGGAAAAAGAAAGAAGGUGUCUUUUGGUGGUCAGCUAAGCCCAGAACUCUUUGAUAAGAGUUUGCCUCCCAACUCACCCCUUAAAAGAGGGGCAACCCCUGCCAGGCUGAGCCUGACCUUUGGACACUCGCCCCGUGCCGUGCUGAAGAAGGCUCAGGGACUGAAGCCCUCCACAGCCCAGGAACUUCCUGAACAUUUGCAGACAGAAAAAAUGUCACCGAAACAUUUGCAAGCCCAGAAGUCCCCAGUGGCCUCAUCCCCCACCUCUGGGAAGACAACACCCAACAAAUUCACUUCAGGCUCUCCAGCACCCUACAGAAGAGGCCGUUUCUCUGUUUCCUACCUCAUGACAUCACUGCCUAUUGCAGAAGAGAAGGAUGUUGGUGCAGGAGACACAAAGGAGACAAGUGGUGGCCAAGUGAAGACACCUAAAUCUCCUGUUAACCAAGAGGAGACCUUUGUGACAGCCACACCUGACCCACCAAGGAGAAGCUCACAACUUGCUUUGAAGGUCACACCCAUGAGGAGGAGAAGUGGAGCUGUGGCAGUUCUCAGUGCAAAAAGAAGCAGUGGUGCCUCCAGUGCUAAUUUACUAGGAGAGAUGAUGGUUUCACCAUUAAAUAGUUCAGCUGCUUCAGAACAGAAACAAGAUAGUCCAGGCAUUUGUCUCUUUCUGAGAGAGGAGGAGUCUCCAAUGUCUACUUUUGCUGCAAUAUCCUCCAAAACUCCUGAAAAAAGAAAAGCUGUGCUGGAAGAAAAUAUUAGUGUGGAUACUUUGUCAGUAAUUCCAGAAAAACAAACGCCUGGGGUGAAAUCAGGAAGUAAAAGGACUCCAAAGCAGAAGUUUGAGCCAGUUGACAUCAUGCCAGACAUCAGGCAGCUUUUUAGGACCCCAAAGCAGAAGUCAGAGCCAGUAGAGGCCUUGUCAGGUGUCAAGCAGCUCAUGAAGACCCCAAAGCAGAAGUCAGAGCCAGUAGAGGCCUUGUCAGGUGUCAAGCAGCUCAUGAAGACCCCAAAGCAGAAGUUGGAACCAUCAGAGGCCUUGUCUGGCAUCAAGCAGCUCAUGAAGACCCCAAAGCAGAAGCUGGAACCAUCAGAGGCCUUGUCUGGCAUCAAGCAGCUCAUGAAGACCCCAAAGCAGAAGCUGGAACCAUCAGAGCUCAUGAAGACCCCAAAGCAGAAGCUGGAACCAUCAGAGGCCUUGUCUGGCAUCAAGCAGCUCAUGAAGACCCCAAAGCAGAAGCUGGAACCAUCAGAGGCCUUGUCUGGCAUCAAGCAGCUCAUGAAGACCCCAAAGCAGAAGCUGGAACCAUCAGAGGCCUUGUCUGGCAUCAAGCAGCUCAUGAAGACCCCAAAGCAGAAGCUGGAACCAUCAGAGGCCUUGUCUGGCAUCAAGCAGCUCAUGAAGACCCCAAAGCAGAAGCUGGAACCAUCAGAGGCCUUGUCUGGCAUCAAGCAGCUCAUGAAGACCCCAAAGCAGAAGCUGGAACCAUCAGAGGCCUUGUCUGGCAUCAAGCAGCUCAUGAAGACCCCAAAGCAGAAGCUGGAACCAUCAGAGGCCUUGUCUGGCAUCAAGCAGCUCAUGAAGACCCCAAAGCAGAAGCUGGAACCAUCAGAGGCCUUGUCUGGCAUCAAGCAGCUCAUGAAGACCCCAAAGCAGAAGCUGGAACCAUCAGAGGCCUUGUCUGGCAUCAAGCAGCUCAUGAAGACCCCAAAGCAGAAGCUGGAACCAUCAGAGGCCUUGUCUGGCAUCAAGCAGCUCAUGAAGACCCCAAAGCAGAAGCUGGAACCAUCAGAGGCCUUGUCUGGCAUCAAGCAGCUCAUGAAGACCCCAAAGCAGAAGCUGGAACCAUCAGAGGCCUUGUCUGGCAUCAAGCAGCUCAUGAAGACCCCAAAGCAGAAGCUGGAACCAUCAGAGGCCUUGUCUGGCAUCAAGCAGCUCAUGAAGACCCCAAAGCAGAAGUCAGAACCAGUAGAGGACUUGUCGGGCAUCAAGCAGCUCAUGAAGACCCCAAAACAGAAGUCAGAGCCAGCAGAGGACCUGUCUGGCAUUAAGCAGCUCAUGCAGACUCCAAAGCAGACGUUGGAACCAUCAGAGGCCUUGUCUGGCAUCAAGCAGCUCAUGAAGACCCCAAAGCAGAAGCUGGAACCAUCAGAGGCCUUGUCUGGCAUCAAGCAGCUCAUGAAGACCCCAAAGCAGAAGUUGGAGCCAGUAGAAGACCUGUCAGGUGUCAAGCAGCUCAUGAAGACCCCAAAGCAGAAGUCAGGGCCAGUUGAAGACCUGUCUGGCAUUAAGGAACUCUUGAGGACCCCACAGCAAGAGUUGGAGCCUGUUGCAGAUGAAGUUGCCUUUACAAGGUCACUGAAUGCUCCAGCAGAAAGCAGGGAAGCAGCAGCAGAUGUGGGAGGUGUCAAUUUAAUCAAGAGAACUCCAAGGCUGAAGUAUCAACCAGUAGAAGACAUGAUUGGGGUCAGCCGUAUCUUCAAGACCCCAAAGGCAAAAGUUGAACCCAUUGAAAACAUGUUUGGUUUUAGUAGGUUAGUGAAGACACCAAAGGAGAAGUGUCAGCCAGUGGAGGACUUUGUGGGUCUGCAAAGGCUGAUGGCAGAGCCCAGGCAGGAACGUUCUGACUCUGAGGUGGACUACGUUGGAGUGACAGAGAUGUUUGACAGAGCAGAGGAAAGGGAGGUGAGCUCAGCAAAUGUUGUGGAUUCUAUGCAGGAAGAUCCUGCACCUCCUUGUGCUAAUUCCAAUCACAAAUUUGAAGAUGGAGGAAAUACUUCACAAGGUGAAGAAUCUCAACAGAAGGAAGCAACUAGUGAAGACCAGUCUACCCAGAGACCAACAAGAGGCAGACCACAAAGGACAGUCCAUCCUGCUUCAGCAAAACAGUGUGAAAAGGGUUUGAAUCUAAAAGAAUUGCAAGGGCUGGGAAAAAAGAGCAGCCAGGAGGAGAUGGGAGAGAUCAAUUCUUCAGCUUCAGUAUCUUUAAGUGAAGGAGAAGGAAGAACAAAGCCCUGUGUACAGGAAGAAAUUGUUCCAGAGCUCUCUGAUCAGGAAAAGAUGGAAACUGUUCCAUCUGUGCAGCCACAUGGAGCUAGGCUAAGACGAGGAAGAGGUAAAAGCACAGCAGCAAAGGAGUCAAAGCAUCCAGGUGAGAAUCCUCAGUCUUGUGGCAAAGAUUCUUCAGUGCUACAAAAAGAACUUGCAAAUAUGAAGCAGACUCUGCAGGAGUAUGGCAUCAAUGACAUCUUAGAAACCAAAGAUGAACCAAACAUAAAGGCAAUGAGGGCACCCAGUAGCAAUCAAAAUGAGAAUCAUCAACCAGAAACAGGUGUAAAAAAACCUGGAAACAAACCUAACAAAGGUGGUGAAGACAGUGAAGAAAAGCUUCUGUCACCUGGGAGGAGGACUAGAGGAGUCAAAAAAGUAGAAAAUACAGAAUCACUUCUUCCACCCAGAAGAGGAAGAAGAGGUAGAAAUGACCAAGUCACCCAACCUUCCUCAGAGGGGACAACGAGGAGGCUUCGUAAAGACCCAUCAGCAGUGCAAAGGGAUGAAGAGACUUCUGAGAGAGACACUGAGGCUGCCACAGCAGGAGAAUCUGAACAUGGAGCUACACUCAAGGUGACAGAGGAGAGAGGAAGGUCUUUGAGGAGUGGUAGAAAGCACUUGCCUGCAGUAAAAGCAGGUGUUUGUGGGAUGGCACUUGAAAGCACACAGAACCUUCAGAAAACUGAGGAAACUUCAACUGAAACACAGUCACACAUCAAAAAUGAGAUGAAAGGAUCUCGGGGAGAUGACACAGAGAAUGCUCAGGAAAAUACAACAGAGGCAUCUCAAAGAUUAAAGGCAGAGUCACCUUCUGGAGAGACAAACAAAAUGCCAGUUCCUGCUCUGAACUUGGAAGCAAGCAGAAGUGCAGUGCAGGAAACAAAGAGAACGAGGAACAGGAGAGGCACAAAAGACUCUUUGGAGAAAAAACCAGAUGAAAUUGCUAAAGACAUAAACACCACUGAACUAAUUACCCCCCAAAUCAAGUCAGAAACCAAACUGGGGGAGUCUUCCCUCACAGAUUCUUCGGGCUGUGUUGGUGUGAAGGACACAGACCGAGUGCUGAAGGAGCAGAGCCACCCAGCUGCCACCUCAGGAGCUGCUCCAGACAGUGACAGUCCUGCUGGUGGCCGUCAGAAGCGCACAAGGAGUGAGCUGAAAGCCAAGCAGACUGGAAUCCUGCAAGGGAAUGAAGCCCUGAAAAAUGGGACAGCGUGGAGAAGAGGGACAGGGAAAAAAGUGAAGUUUGAAGAAGCUGAUUCCAAAGUGGUCAAAGGGAAAAGGAGUUUCCCUGAGGAGGACAAAGGAAUGACUUGUAAGGGUGGUCAACAGGACACUGCAGAAAAUCCUUCACAAGUGAGGAGGAGCAGAAGGAAGCAAGUUGAUUCCAUUCCACAAACAGUUUCUUCUGUAGAAAAACAAAGGUCAGCUGCAGGUCAGAGUCAAGAGGAGGCUUCUGUAAAAGAGCAAGAGGCAGCUCUGGAAGCUGCUGCCUCUUCAACAGGAGACACCCCACCGAGGCGGGGGAGAAGACGAGAGGUUGCUGCAGCAUCACAGACAUCUAGAGCUCUCUCUGCCAGAAGAAGAUGUGGGGUCCUAGAGGGUGAUGGUAAAACAAUGACUGUGAAGGAAGAUGAAAAACCAGCUUUGGGAAAUAAAACUUUGCAGGCAAAAGCAAACACAUCAACAAGAGACAAAGGGAAGAAAACUGGUCUAGCAGCAGAGGCAAAACGUUCAUCUCCUCCCCAGAGAAAAUGGGACUUAGCAGGCACUGGUGAGGAAGAGGAGGGUCCUCAUGAAGAGCAAAACGUGCCUGUGGAAACAGUGCCCUGUGCAGAGGAGAAGCCAUUAGGAAGGGGCCGGAGGAGAGAAACUGCUCUGGCAUCUCACACAGCUAACUACAUUUCUCUUAGAGGAAAACGUGGUUUGCCAGCAAAUGCUG